CAAUGGCUCCUCUACUGUCCUCCUUCGUUGCCAACGAUCAGCUCUCCGAUUUCGAUUCAAUCCAAUCCCUAAUCUAACCCUAGUUCCCAAUUCCCGAUUCCCGUUUCUCAGUUCUUUCGAUUCCAUUCUGUUUUGAAACCCUAACAAAAACAUUUCAAUUUUUUUCCUUCUUUUUCUUCCUGGAUUUGAUUAAUCCAUGGCUCGCGGCAAAGAGAAUUCACUCGCUCCUGGGUUCCGAUUCCACCCAACCGAUGAAGAACUAGUCUGGUACUAUCUGAAGCGCAAGGUCUCCGGCAAGAACUUCCGAUUCGACCCCAUCUCGGUCGUCGACAUCUACAAGACUGAGCCUUGGGACCUCCCUGGCAAGUCGAAGCUGAAGGACUUGGAGUGGUACUUUUUCAGUUUUCUGGAUAAGAAGUAUGGGAAUUCGUCUAGGACGAAUCGGGCUACUGAAAAAGGGUACUGGAAGACUACGGGUAAGGACCGUCCGGUUAAACAUAAUUCCCGGGAUGUUGGGAUGAAGAAGACGCUGGUUUUCCAUAGCGGGCGAGCCCCCUCCGGUGCCAGAACCAAUUGGGUUAUGCAUGAGUAUCGCCUUUCCAAUGAGGAAUUGGAGAAAGCUGGAAUUCAACAGAAGGAUCCGUAUGUGCUUUGUAGGAUAUUCCAGAAGAGUGGCACGGGACCGAAGAAUGGGGAGAAGUAUGGCGCACCGGUUAUGGAGGAGGAAUGGGACGAUGAUGACGUGACUUGUGUACCUGGUGAGGAGGCGGCUGCUGAUGUAGUGGCACUCAGCGUGGAGCCACAUGUGGAAGCAAUUGGUGUCAACGAUGGGGCUUAUGUUGAAGCAUUUGACCUUGAUCAGAAUCUUGACACAGGAAUUCCAUCUGAAAGUGCACCUCCUCCAUCGAACUUCUAUUAUGGGGAGACGAGCCACUACAUUGAGCAUUCUGGGGACUUUGUUGAAGAUGAUACAAAGGCUGUGAUAGGCACUGGGGAAACUUUGGAAUACCGUGGAGACCAGAUGUUCUUUAACUACCCAGAGCAUCAUGAGAUGGUUGGAAAUCCAGUAAAAAAUGAAUAUAUGACCUCACAAAGUCCUGAGGACCUAAAGUUUGUUGACUUGCCAGAGCACUAUGAGGCUGAUGCAAAAUCAGUCAAAGAUGAAUGCUUUCUUGAACCAAGCGAUGAUGCAAAUCCAGCUGUUGUCAAUUACUCACUUAAUGAACCGUAUUUGAAUGCUACGGAGAAUACGCCAAUUGGUGAUGGGUUAUUCCUUGAAGCUAAUGAUCUUUCAAAUCCAGUCGAGUCAACUGCAGGUUUUGACAUGCUUGAUGAGUACCUUACAUACUUUGAUGCCAAUGAUGACAUCUCUCAGUAUAUUGAUUUCGAUUCAUGUGGAAUGAUGGGGGUUGAAAACUAUGUUCCUGACGAAGCUCCAGCUGACCAGAAGCUUGUGAAUGGUGAGACCGAGCCACAACCAAUGGGAGGUGAACAUGUACAACCAGAGCCACAGCCAUUGGGAGGCGAACAUCUUGUACAACCAGUGGAUACUGAUGAUGCAUCUGCAUCUUCGUCAAAGAAAACGGCGGAGUUCAAGUUUGAGUCAGAUGGUAACUACCCCUUCAUCAAAAAGGCAAGUCACAUGAUGUUGGGCAGCAUACCUGCUCCACCUGCAUUUGCUUCGGAGUUCCCUGGUAAAGAGGCAAUGCGUAGGUUAAAUUCUGGUGCAGCAUCUUCCAGUUCGGUUCAUGUCACUGCUGCCAUGAUUAGAAUUAGAGACAUAACUUCAAGUGACAACAGGAUGGACUGGUCUUUUGGAAAGGAUGGGGUUGUCAACCUUGUCUUUUCUGUUCAGCUGUCACAGGAUGACGGAAACUCUGGCAAUCUGGUGCCAGUUGGUGGCUCACUCUCUGGAAAGACGGGAUGUGUGGUGAUGCGGGGCUGGUUUUUGUUUAUGUUUUUCUGGGUCCUAUUUCUUUCCAUGAGUUUAAAAAUCGGGAGCUAUAUCUGUACCAGGUGAUUCUUCUACACUAAAGGUGGUCUUCGAGCCUAUCUCAGGAUCUUGUAGUGAGCUUCCCUUAGUGAUUAGGGGAAGAAGCAUGUUCUUGCAGACCAUAUUUUAGUUAAUUGGUACACUGACCGCUGAACUAAUUAUUUAUACAAACCGUUUGCAUAAGAUUGCGUAACGUGCAUGUUCUAUUUUGAAUAACUAUAUACUGAAUGAAUGUAAAACUGAAUUUUUGUUUCAGUAAAUUAUUUGAUUGUAAUAUUUUUGUUCUGUUACUA